AUGUCUACUCCAACGCUGAUCAAUUUGCCUCCUCCCCCAUCGGAACCCGUCACUCCAUCGGAUAUGGGACCAGGCACCCCAAACUCCGGUACUACAUCGCUAUCGGCUCUCUCAACAACAGCCAUCAAAGACGGUCACCAGGGCCAUCCAUUCACCCACAGUCACCAUGCGCACCAGUCCUCCACAUCCUCCACAACCCUAGAGGCUGAGCGUGCAGACCGAAUCUCCCGCCUAGCCGGCCUUGAGCGAGUUGCCACAGCCCGCGCCGGUGGCCAGACAUCCGGCCAAGUGCUUCCGCCAUAUGCUCCAGGAUACUUUGAGAGUCAAGUACUGAAGGAGCGCAGCACAGUCGGCAGCGCCAGUGCAACAGGCAGCAUCGCUGGACGCACGACCUGGGCGAGCAGUAGCGACACAUACGACGCUGACAGAACGAGCGAGUAUCACGAAGACGACGGCACCUCCAGUGUCGGUAACAUUAGUGAUGAAGGUAAUGCUAGUCUGGUCGGCUUUGGCGAAGGCGCCAACAGUACUUACAGCGGGCCGAUUUCUCGUCCGCCUGGAAUGAACCGUGUUUCCUCUGGACGGCCUACUUCUAUUGGCAGCCCAAAUGUCAACCGCCCGAAUGCGCUAGCUUCAUAUCUGCAGCAACAACAGCAUCAUGCUGGGGAGAGCUCCAUGAUGUCGUCGUCGCCGGCUGGGUCGAUGACUCCCGAGCCUGUGAACGAGGAUGCUCGCAUGGUUGAUGGUAUGACUUUUGACUCGGAUGUUGUUGACACCACUGCCAGAACUCCACGAUUGGUUACCACUCCCGGUCACAGCAACAGUGGAUUUGGCUCGCCAGGCCGGGAUUAG